UAAAGGAUAACAUUAGCAUUACACCGAUUGCACCCAUUCCCACGUUGGAAGUAAAUCCAUGAGGCGAAUGACAACGUCUCGAAAUAAACAAAUAUAAGUUACUUUAUCUCGAAUAAUCUCUUAUUUCAUUUUUCCUGAAGCCCUGAUAAGAGGAUAAAGAUACAUCGACGGUGUUACAUAUAGCCUGAGAGUCAUUAAUGGGUUUUUCUUUGGAGAACAUCAGCGACGGUCAGUCUGUAUAAUAACUGCAGUGGGUGGAGAUCCUUGCGUUUUAACUCCAGAAAGAAUUACUUGUUUAACAUUCUUUGACAACUGCAAAGAUAGGUCUUUUAAGAAUGGCCACUGGACGCGCUCUUCAUUAUGUAUUUAAAAUACCGGAUCGGAAGCAGACGGUAAAAUUUUAUCGCGAAAUCCUUGGGAUGAAGGUAUUACGACACGAGGAAUUUUCCGAAGGAUGCGAGGCGGCUUGCAACGGGCCAUACGCGAACAGAUGGAGCAAGACUAUGAUAGGAUAUGGACCAGAGGAUAGUCACUUCGUGGUCGAGUUAACUUACAACUAUGGCAUUAAGGAAUAUAAGCUAGGAAAUGAUUUCUGUGGCAUAACGAUCAAAUCUAAAGAGGCGCUUGAAAGAGCACGUUCGCAAGGAUGGCCAGUGAAGGAAGAAAGGGGAAAAUUUGUUUUACAAGCACCUGGUGGUUACAAAUACUAUCUCAUUGACGAACCACAACCUCUAGAUAAAGACCCUGUAGAGAAAGUAUCUUUAUCCAGCUCGAAUCUUGAGAAAACUAUUGUUUAUUGGAAGGACAUAUUGGGUUUGAAAAUAUUUGAUCAAACUGAGAAAACUGUACUUAUGGGAUAUAGUGCAGAUCAGGCGAAGGUCGAAUUCAUAAGUAUUGGUGUUGAAGUUGUUCAUGCUACGGCUUACGGACGUAUCGCAUUUUCUGUUCCUCAUGCACAGCAGCCAGAAAUUCAAAAGAGGAUUAAAGACAGUGGGAAUACUAUAUUAACUGACUUGAUCACUCUAGAUACUCCAGGGAAGGCUUCUGUGAGAGUCAUUAUUCUCGCUGAUCCAGAUGGUCAUGAGAUUUGUUUUGUCGACGAUGAAGGAUUCAGACAAUUGUCAGUUCCAGACUAUCCAAGUGAGAAGAUCUUAGACAGAUACAUUGCGAAAGAAAAGUAAACCGAAUCCAUGAUACAAGAACUGAUUUAUCAAUCUCAGUAUUUUCACGAAAGGAGGCCGUGUCGAUGGUUAUUCAUCCUUUUAGACAAAGAAUAUUUUUUGGUAAUGGUUCCCAGUACAUGUGUAAGAGAUCAAUUUAUAUCAGUUUAUAUGAAUCUUGACGUUUGUUAACAUUUUAUUAUUGAGUCUUAAUUUUUAUGCGUACUUACUUAUAAUUUGAUACUUAUAAAAUAUAUGUAUUUCGGUGGAAGUUGUUAUUUGGACCAAAUAAAAGCUUGUUGAGAGAA